AUGCAUUCUAUUGUUUAUUCUAUCGUUUUUUUAGAUCUAAACGCCGAAAAGGAUUUCGAUAAAAUAAUGAACUCAGUUAAUUCACUGAAUAUUGGUGGGAAUAUACAAGGAGCUGAAGAGGAUACACCACGCAAAGUGGAUACUUUCAUGCAGGGUUCUGAGAAUCAGGAAAGUAGUCCUGGCGCUGGUUCGACGCAUUCAUCGAUUUCGCCUCCAGUAUCGCUGAUGCACGACAUUACAACGGCAACAUCGCCAGCAACUAUUACUAGUCAACAAACUACUAAUACAUUACCCGUCACACUGUCACAAAUAUGUACACCAACUGCUGCUCCACUCGGUAGUCAUCAGAUUUUGAUCGAUCCAACAACCGGUCAGCAUUUUUUGGUGUCUUCUGCACCACCACCGCCACAUCCACAAAUAAUCUACCAACCGAUUUAUUAUUCUACUACACCGGCACAACCUGUUUAUUAUCAUCCUUUUACAUCCGGAACUCAUGGUGCAUAUGUCGUAGCUGCUACACCAAUAACUACUUCCCAAACCGGAAGUCAAGUAGCGUCGUCACAUAUGGUACUUGGACAGCGUUUUUCUUCAACUCCACCACCGUCGACGGCCGCUCAAAGCACCACUGCAUGUUUUGUUCGCAAUGUCGCUGAUUUCGAUGACACAAAAUCAGCGGUAACAACCGAUGAAAGACAUACGGUUUUCGAGCAUCCACUAAUAUCUACGACAAGAAGUCAUACGAUAGAUACAAAACAAAUCUUUGCUUCAAAAAAUUCCAUUUCACCGCCACAAUCAUCACCUGUUUUGUCCCAGAACUGCUCAAUAUUUGAUAAUGUGGCAACUAUGCCGCAAAAAACUCCCACACAAGUGCGCCCGCAAGAAGCCGUUACAUAUCAAGAAGCUGUUAGUAAUCCAGCUAUUUCCAUUAAUGUCGCCACCAUAGGACAUGCUCAAACGGAAGGAGGUGAAAGGACGCCAUUAUUCGGUACCGCACCGUCAUGGUGGGGUGAAAAUGGUGCUUCCAAUGUACAAGUGCGAACUGAUGGUGAUAACACGAGGUGUACAGCUCUUGGAACUACUCAUCGGCCAUUAAAAUCAAUUAGGAUGGACAUUGACUUAAAUGAGCCUUUUAUCAAUGACGAAGCAAAAAAAGAGAAUAAAGCUAAAGUUUCACAGCGUGCAUUGUCUUCAACUGCAUUUACUGUUUCCUUUGAUAAUGAGGGAGAUUCGCAGAAAGUAAAUUUAUCACUUCAAGAUGCUGCUAAGAAAACUUCAUCCAGGCGCUUUAUAAGGAGAAGUAUGCCAGCAGCUGGGUUAGUUUCCAAAGGUACUGCAGCAAAAAUAGCCGGUUUAACAGCUGCAUCCAGUGAUCCAAAACAGUAUUUGCUGAAUAAGAUGUUGAUGGGAGUUGGCGAAGAACGCGAUGAAGGGCUAGAUUUGAUUGCAUCAUGCGAACAAGGAGGAAGGAAGCCAGAUACUGAUGAUACAUUAAGCGAAGCAGGAACUUAUGUUGUUGAUAAUGAUUAUGCGAAUCAAAUGGUGACUUCACAAAGUGUCAAAGAUUCCGAUGCAGAAAGUGUUUCAAGUGAUUCAACACAAAGCACAGAAAAUCUUCGUCCUACUGCGCCAUUGCGUAUGGGAUCGGUCCUCCCUCAAAUCAAUGAAAAUGUAAGUGGUGGAACAGAAAAUAACGAACAUCUCUUACGUGAGCUGUUUCGUCUUAGUUCCGGACGAAUUGGUCAACGCCGCGGUAUCGGUGAACAUCAAGUUGUUGCACCAUCUACACCACUUUCAAAUUCAUCUCGUUUAGCUGCUGCAACGGGAACUCAUGUAGGAGUUGCACGUCGUCCAGAAACUUCUAGAAUAGAGGAACGUCAGUACAGUUCGCAUCGUUUAUGUACCAUUGCAUCCUCCUCACGUCCAACACUCUCAUCACAAAUGCAUCGUUCACAGCCGAUUGCUGGUGCAAGUGGAGUAAAUGAUAAUACUUUCAGACGUGGUGAUGGUGGUCGAUAUUCAAUGCGUUUUUCUGGUAUUAAUAACAAAAAUCAUGCAACUUCCGCUGCAGUCAGUCGGAAUGAUAGACCACCAUUUCGUGUUGGAGGCAGUGGAAGAAAUCAGGCAAGUGGGACAAAAGCACAUAAGGAAAGUGCUGAAAUGACGGCUUGGUUAAGACGUAAGGAUUAUAAUCCGAUGAAAGCGGCAGCUGAAGCGAAGAAAUUGCAGCAGUUGAAAACACGAGCUGACAAAUUUGCGUCAAAUCGUUCAAUAUCGUUUCAUCAAGGGACUCGACCUUUUACCAAUGUGUCACCGAUCGUUCGGAAUUCAAGUAAAACUCGCCACAAUCGGUCUCAAGAUGACUUAUCAGUAGGUAAUGCUGUUUGUGGAGCAGAAACAAUUCUUGUCAAUUAUUCAAAAGGUGUUACGAGAGAUUUGAAUAAAUUACGUUUUGUUGAAGCUACUCAUGAUCAAACUCGUAUAGAUGGUCUUGAAAAUGCUGUACAGCAGCUUACAAUGAAAUGCAAUCGGAGCAUUGAAUUAAUAAGGAAUUCUCAUCAAGGACAUUUAUCAGAAUCAGUAGAAAAUUUAUUGAAAAUGGCUAUUAAGCCGGUGAAAGAUUGUAUGGGAACAGUAACCGAUCAGUUGGAUCGGUUAUCGGCAGCAUUUGAUGCAAUACAAAAGUAUUUAGAGGUUUCAUCUGCAUCGUUGCCAGCAUCACCAUCUGGUUCUAGUCCCACUGCAUCAGUCACAGCACUGUCGACCUCUCCAAGUCGACGACCGUGUAGUGCCUAUCAAAGUAAGCUUGCAGCAGCUAAGCGCAAUCCAUUAGGUGGUCAAAAAAGUUCAUGA